GCCAGUGUUAAUGUCACAUUUAUAAUUUUCCUCAAUAUAACAAUACACUCUGAAUAAAUGACAUUGUUUGGUCUUAAUGACAGGCGACAAUAUCUUCUCAAUUUUUGAGAGGUGAAGGUUAUUUUUUGGUAGUUUACGCCGGAAGUAAUACAAUUACAAUAGUCAAUAGGGUACAUAUUUUAAUGACCAAAACAAGAGUAAUUUACGCAGAAAUAAUAACAAUAAAUAGUUUUGUAAAAUUAACCAAUAAAGUUUUGGUUUAGUAAUUGGAGGGAUUUAUAGAACAAAAAGAUUAUUGAUUUGUAUUAAUUUGUAAGGAAUUAAAUUCAAAUUGCCCCUUCGUUUCAUCAUCAUAUUCAUUGAUUGACUACAAUUUACAAAGACUUGAACAAGUUGAAGAAUUUGAGUUGCGAGAUAUUUCUGUAAGUCACUAAAAUGACAAAUGGUUGGCCAGACAAUAGUCCAGACAGAUUGGAAGACAUCUGUGUACAAUUUUGUGCUACAAACAUAGAAACAUUUGCUGCCAAAAAUGAAACGAGUGGUCAAUAUCAUUUACAAGAGGGAAUAACUCUGCCAAAGUCUAUAUGUGACAAAUUGUUGAAGGCUUUGGUAGAUAUAAAACCAUCCACUGUUCAUGAAAAUUUCACAAUAUUUUCAGACACAGCAAGAUCUCAGCUUAGCUCAAUUUGUCUGAGAAAGUCUAAAAUUGAUGAUAAAUGUCUUAAAUUGCUGGAAAACCAGCCAAUUGUUGAUUUGGAGUUGUCCAAUUGUCAGGAAUUAACAAGGGAGUCAUUAAAAACUAUUAAUAAAUUCCAGCAUACAUUAAAGUCAGUACGAAUUGAAGGACGUUCUAUAUUCUACAACUGUGAUGAAAAUCCAAAUGUUCUUGAUGAAAGUGCUGUGUUGGAAUGUCCAAAUUUAAGAACCCUCUGUAUACAGGAUUAUGAUUUUAACAACCCAGAUGAUUUGGUUUUAUCAACAUUUUUACUAACCUUACCAAGACUGACCCAUCUUGAUCUUUCCAACUGUGGUCUUUGCGCGGAGCAUGUAACAAGUUUUCAAUCACUACCACAACUUCGAUCUUUAAAUCUCAGUAACGUCAUGAAAGAAGAUGUCAAUGACACUGACAAUAAACAAUUAUUGGAACAUAUUGGUCAACUGAAAGCACUAAGGCAUCUUGAUAUAUCUGUUGCUGAUGAUCCAGUGAAAUUUCUGCAACCAGAUAUAACACUAUCUGAUCUUGUCUCAGCUUUACCUCAACUUGUGUCUUUAGAUAUCUCAGGAACCAAUCUACCAGGAUAUGAGAAGUUUACACCAGUUUCCCACCAAUUACAUGCUAAUUCCCCCCAAAAUUGUGAUGAGGAGGAAGAAUGUUGUAUUGUUGGCUUAAAGGGGAGGCGAUUCAAGUUUUUAGGAUUGUUAGAUUGUUUACAUGAUCCAUGUUUUCGUGAAAAUCUACCAGCAGAACAGGUAACGGGACAUGGUACUGAAGAUCAAGUUCUGUUAUCGGUACAGAGAUAUCAAGAUAGAUCUGUCAUGCUUUGUUCAGCUCUAAACAAAUUAUUUCAUCUAUUUCAAGCUGGUGUUGUAUCAGAUCAAUGCAAGGCCUUAGAGUGUUUAUUAGAAGGAAUGCAUCGUCAUCCUGCUGAUCCUCAUGUACAGAUUUCUGGCAGCGCUUCAUUGUUUUAUAUAGCUAAAGGUGAUCAAAAGGAAAAUUUAACGCAAAAACAGAAAAGGAAAGUAAUUGAUCUAGUUUUAGAUGGUAUGGAGGCCUUUUCCAGUGAAAAAAAAAUGAUGAGAAAUGGUUGUUUAACUCUGUUUUGUUUAUAUUUCAGAUGA